AUGAUGGCGGAGAAGAAUCGGAUUCAGUUCGCAAUGUCGUGGAUUAGCCGACAGCCUCCGAAGGUAAAAGCCUAUCUCGGUGUGGUUACGGCAAUGACGGUGCUCGUUUUCCUAAGGGUGACUGUCCAUGACAACGAAUACCUUUUCUUAGCUUCCGAGGCUGUCCAUGCCCUCGGAAUCUCCGUUCUUAUCUACAAGCUCACUAAGGAGAGGACUUGCGCUGGGAUAUCUCUCAAGACGCAGGAACUCACGGCUCUGUUUCUAGCCGUUCGAUUGUAUUGUAGUUUUGUAAUGGAGUUUGAUCUUCACACAUUGCUCGAUUCUGCUGCUUUCUUCACCACUCUUUGGGUCAUCUAUAUGAUCCGUCUCAAGCUUAAACCCACUUAUAUGGAGGAUAAAGACAAUUUUGUCAUCUACUACGUUGUAGUCCCAUGUGCUGUUGUGUCUUUCCUAAUACAUCCGUCAACACAUCACCACGUCAUAAACAGGCUAUUUUGGGCAUUUUGUGUUUAUCUUGAAGCUGUUUCAGUUCUUCCUCAGCUAAGACUCAUGCAGAACACUAAGAUCGUGGAACCAUUCACAGCACAUUACGUGUUUGCUUUGGGGAUCGCUAGGUUCUUGAAUUGUGCACACUGGAUCCUUCAGGUGUUGGAUACGAGAGGGAGAGUACUGACGGCAUUAGGGUAUGGAUUAUGGCCUGUAAUGGUCCUUGUCUCCGAAAUCAUCCAAACCUUCAUUCUUGCAGAUUUCUGCUAUUACUAUGUUCAGAGUUUAAUGGGUGGACAGCUCGUCCUUCGUCUCCCAUCUGGUGUGGUCUAA